AUGGGCCAGAAGCAAACUGAACCGCAGGUGACGAUGGAUGCGAGUCACCAAAUGCACGGCCACCGGCUCUCACACAUUCACUUCGGCGCGGCGAGUUCGGUGUCGACGCCCCUAUACGGCGCGGUGUCGUCCCCCGCACAAUCUCCGUACGCACCGUAUAGCGCACCGGCAGCCAAAAGGUCGCGGACCGAUGAAUUCGAUCUCUCGGUUGCGGGGGUGCCCAUGGUUGACCACUCCGGCCUGGAGACGGUGCAAACCACUUCCUUGAGCGAGGCGUACGGGCAGGCGGCGGCAGCCGCGGUGGCAGCCGCAGCAAACCAUCAAGAACAGCCCCAGCUACACCACCACCAUCACCUCCCAGAUCUAGGAACUUCAUCGAAAUCAAUGCGGAGGGAGGACAUGGGCGGCGCGCCGAGCAUGGUGGGCCAAGCCGGAAUGCCGCCGCCGGCACCAAGGCCAAGAGGCCCGAAGCUCAAGUUCACGGCCGAGGACGAUCAGCUGCUGCUGGAGCUCAAGGAGCAGAAAAACCUGACGUGGAAGCAGAUUGCAGACUUCUUCCCGGGGCGAUCUUCUGGGACGCUGCAGGUGCGGUACUGCACGAAGCUCAAAGCAAAAACGACGAUGUGGACGGAAGAAAUGGACCAGAAACUUCGCAAGGCGCUCCAGGACUACGAGAAUGAAAAAUGGCGAUUAGUCGCGCACAAGGUCGGCUCUGGAUUCACUCCAGCCGCGUGCCGAGAGAGAUCCGAGCAGCUCGCGGCCGGCGGCGACGAACAAGGGGCUGAGGAACCGCUAUGGCAGUCGUUAUCGCCCAAGGCAUCGUCACUGCCAGAAUCCAUGGAGACACCGCAGACGCAGCGGCCAUGGUGA